AUGUUCCAGAUCCCUUUUUCUCAGUUAAAGACGAUUUAUCGCGUGGAUCUCAGCGAUUCUAAAAUUGCACUGGUCAUAUCCUUGGACAGCCCACCCUCAUUCUUCCGCAAGAGGGAGGACGAGAAAUCAUGCCAUUCAAAUGAGAAUCUGUUGUGGUCAGAAUUUGAUACCUGGUACAGACAGACAGAUGUCGUCUAUGAUCCUUAUCGCCUCACGAAUGCCACCGUGACACUCCAUAAAGAACGUCCAGUGAUCGAUAUAGGUCGGUGGACAACGUACAAGUUUGUUUUCGACACAAGACAAAAUGAUUCAAGUGGCUACUUGAGAAUUAAACAGGCUCUGCAAGAUUUUAAUAUCGAAAUUGUUACCCUGAAUAGCCUUCAUGAGAUUCCUGCGCGGCCAGCCGAACUUUGGUCUUGGAUCGACGACCCUUCGACGCCGCAGCAUGCAGCUGCAGAUCUCCGGUACCUAGAGACAGGAGAUGGCCCAAUAUUUUUGCCGUUUGAAGUGCGUUAUCAGCUGGAAGUGUGUAUUUCAAGGGAUAUAUUGAACGAACACAACAUCACCAAAGCGUUCGUGAAAACCUUGUCAGAAAUGGCAUCCAAGGAUCCUGCAAAGGCACGAAAUAUCCUUGAGUACGUUGCUGAGCAAGAAAAGCGCAUUCACAAUCCGAUGUCUAUCUUCGAAGACAAGGAAGCCCUUGCAUUUUCCCCCAAAACCAAGAUUCCUCACUAUUGUGCUUAUGUGCGGAAGGCUACGAUCACACCAACCACGAUCUAUUUCAGCUCUCCUACUGUCGAGACCACAAAUAGAGUUCUUAGGCAUUAUGCUCGAGAGAAUGAGGAUGGUCGCUUCCUUCGUGUACAAUUCACAGAUGAGAUGGCCGAGGGCCGAAUUAAUUCUUGUGCUGAUAAACAAAGAAAUGAUGAACUCUUUACGAGAGUCUACAGGACUCUCUACAAUGGCAUCCGCAUUGGAGACCGUCAUUAUCAGUUCUUAGCAUUUGGUAACUCGCAGUUCCGAGAAAACGGGGCUUACUUCUUCUGUCCUACCGAGUAUUUGUCUUGCGAUGAUAUACGUCAAUGGAUGGGCAACUUUUCCCAUAUCAGAGUUGUCGCCAAAUAUGCUGCCCGGCUAGGUCAAUGCUUCUCAACGACUCGAGCUAUCCAUGGACUGUCGGCGCCAGACAUUGUGAAGAUUCCAGACAUUGAGAGAAAUGGAUACUGCUUCACAGACGGGGUUGGCAAGAUUUCCUCCUUCCUCGCACAGAUGAUCACGGCUGAGCUUGGACUGCGUGUCAAUACCGCCCCUUCCGCUUUUCAGUUCCGCCUUGGUGGAUGCAAAGGCAUUCUUGUCGUAUCCCCUGAUGCUAAGGAUAAGGAAGUCCACAUUCGAAAAUCUCAACAGAAGUUCGUUGCAACAUACAAUGGCUUAGAAAUUAUUAGGUGGUCUCGCUUCUCUUGUGCGACACUCAAUCGUCAGACAAUUACCAUAUUGUCUUCCCUUGGCGUCCCUGACAGUGUCUUUAUGAAGAUGAUGGUAGAGCAGCUUUCGAACUACCAGUCUGCCAUGAGCGACCACGCUCUUGCACAAAGCCUAUUAUCCAAAUAUGUCGAUGACAAUCAUAUGACGAUCAAUAUUGCGAGCAUGAUCAAUAAUGGAUUUAUGACACAGCGAGAGCCGUUCGUCCUAUCUCUUCUUCAUCUUUGGAGAUCCUGGUCGAUCAAGCUCCUUAAGGAGAAGGCCAAAAUCAUCGUUGAGAAUGGAGCUUUUGUCUUGGGAUGCGUCGACGAGACGGCGACCCUUAGAGGACAUUCAAAGUCAACCGUUGCCCGUGGGGAGACUUAUACUCAAGAAUCCUUGCCACAGAUUUUCAUUCAAGUGCCAUCUAAGGACGAUCCAAACCACUACAACGUCAUAGAGGGUAUCUGCCUCGUUGGUCGAAAUCCUUCGCUUCACCCUGGUGACCUACGAGUCGUUCAGGCCGUCAACGUCCCUGCUUUACACCAUCUCCGUGAUGUUGUUGUUUUCCCACAGACUGGCGAUAGAGACGUGCCGAGUAUGUGCUCGGGUGGCGAUUUGGAUGGAGAUGAUUACUUUGUUAUCUGGGAUAAGGAACUACAGCCCCCGGAGUGGAACUGUGACCCCAUGAACUACUCGGCUCCUACUCCGAAAAUGCAGAGCCAGCCGGUCAAGGUUACCGACUUGAUGAAGUUCUUUGUCCGGUUCAUGAAGAACGAUGCUCUGCCCACUAUUGCCCAUGCCCAUCUAGCUCAAGCGGACUACCUGACUAAUAGUGUGAAGGAUCCGAAAUGUCUUGAGCUAGCAGCUCUACAUUCCAAGGCCGUUGAUUACGUCAAGACCGGACAACCAGCAGAGAUGCCAAAGCGGCUCAGACCUCGUAAGUGGCCUCACUUUAUGGAGAAACGCUAUAAGCCCAAAGACGCUACCUAUCAUUCCGAAAGCGUUCUGGGUCAACUCUACGACAGAGUCGAAACUGUAGACUUUGUUCCACAGUACGAAGAGCCUUUCGACAAGCGGAUCUUGCGAGCGUACAAGUUGGACAAUUCUCUUUUGAAAUCUGCUCGUCAAAUCAAAUCGCAGUAUGACACGGCCAUGCGAAGAAUUAUGGCUCAGCAGGAGAUCAAGACCGAAUUCGAAGUCUGGUCAACCUUCGUACUCUCACGGCCACGAGUUGGUAGCGACUACAAAGUCCAGGAGGAAAUGGCUAGAAUCUCUGACGAUCUGAAAAAUCGAUUCCGAGAAGUGUGCAUCGACAGAGCUGGCGGCAAAGAUUUCUCCGUGCUUGGACCCUUUGUUGCUGCUAUGUAUCGUGUCACAAAGGAAGAACUGGAUAUUGCACUUGCCGAAUGCCGCACGACAAAGAUAGUCGGAGGCCGUGAAGUUCCAAAACGCAAGAUGGAGCCAAAAUACAUGCCGCUGAUUUCUUUUCCAUGGCUGUUUGAGAAGGAUCUCGCUCGCAUUGCCACUGGUAUCGAGACAAGCGAUGAAUUGGACGUUCCAGGACUUCAACCACUGGUUCUUAAGGACAACACUCGACCCCGAAAGCGCGAGGCUAGCGGCCAAGCUGACUUUAACGAUUUCAUCCAGCAAGAAGAUGGUUCUAUAAUCCAUCGAGGAGAAGUUCUAGAACUAUUUCGCCCAGACGUUGAUUCGGAGGAUGCUUCCGGUGGGAGUGACUUGGAUGAAAUGCGCAGCGAACCUUCAAUGGGCAUGGGUGAUUCGGGCGAGGUUGUCCUAGCUCCUAGCUUUCAGCCACAAGCUGUCCCGGAUCACCUCCUGAGUGGAACAGGAGUAGAAGAUGUUGUCCCUCGGGUCAAAUUAGAUGGCCUUGUUGACCCGCGUGAGAAUGCUCGGCUUGCUCAUGAGUCAAGUAUGACUAGCAACCCACCAAUUCUGCAAAAACCGUCUCGUAGAGCAUCUCCAAUUGAGGACAAAGCCACAGCAUCGGCAACGGCUGACGCGGCGGGCAAUUCAAUUGCUAUCUCAGACGCGUUCCGAAACACAGACCAUUCCGAGAACAACGGGUCUGAGCAGGAAGAAGAGAUCGAAGAGGAAGUGGUGGACUUAGACGUACAGGAGACCGCGCUUGAGAAGCUUGCUCGAAUGAUGGCUUCUUAA